AACUUCUAUUUAAAAAAUUCAACAUGAGAAAAUAUGGAACAACCCGAAAAAUAAUUAAAAAAAAAAGAGAGAGAAGGUUAGAAAACAGAGACAGCCAAAUACUUUCAAAAACAGAAAACCGAUUGCAAUAAGCCAUUGAUUGAUUUCUAUUUUUCCCUCUUUCCUUCUUCUUCUCCUUCUCCUUCCCUCUCGAAACCCUAGCGAUGGCUUUGUCAUCGACGUUUCGAUGUCCUUAGAACCGGUUUAUUUUGCGGUGUUGCGUGUGUUGUUUCGCCGGAGAAUGGCCAGGAAGCCACUACUGACGAGCCACUCUCCGUCAUUCCGAGUAUUCGCUAGGGUUUCGAGUCCAACAUAAGAAUCAAUCUGGAACAUCUACCACCGUCCGAUCGAUCGAUCAGAGGGAGGGGCAGCGGGAUUGUUCUGCGCAAUCAUGGUGAAGGCGUGGAUGGUGGUCGAGAAGUGGAGGCGGAUCGUAAGGACGGCGUUCUUCAUGGUGGCUAUGGUAGCGUCACUGUUGGCGUCGUCCCUGCCGUUGCUGGUGGCGAUAGGGGACAUCCUUGUGCCGUGCGUUCUGUUGUCUAGCUUCACGUGCGUUACGUGUUACGGCUUCAAGGAGCACUUCCAUAGAUAUGCGUUCAAGAGCUCCCUGACCGAUAUUCCUCUCGUUUCUAUCAUCAGAUCUAUCAUCAUUACUUGUGUAUAUUCAAUGUGUGAUGCACCGGCUGUGUCUCAUGGUCCUUACCUUGGAACUGUGACUCUGUGUUCUUUUCUUUCAAUUUUUCUUCUUUCAGUUAAGGCUUGCGUUUUUACUGUGAAUUCACAAAUUGAGGCCGAGGCUUCAUCUUCCCUUGCAAGGCAAAAGCUUCAUUUGAAGAAGUCGUGGGGGAUGCCUGUGUUGUUUCUUUCUUCAGUUGCUUUUGCUCUGGGCCAUACUGUAAUUGCUUAUAGAACAAGUUGUCGGGCAAGGAGGAAACUUCUCUUUCAUCGAGUUGACCCAGAAGCAGUUCUUUCAUGCAAAAGUGUUUUCUCUGGCUUCCAGAAGGUUCCGCGAUCUCCUACUCCCUCUGCAGGGAAAACUCCAAAAAGUGAUGGUGAAACCAGGAGAAAGCCAUUCGGCCUGGUUCGUGAUGAAGGAGAACUCCCUCUUAGAUUACUUGCUGAAGUUGACAGCUUAUUCAUUGCUUUGCAAGGGCUUACUGUCCAUUACAAGCUUUGCUUGCCUGGUUCACCCCCUCGGAGCUUAUCCUCUGCUACUGUUCUUGAACCCAUUGUUAGUGGCACACCACGAAUGGUUCCAGGAAUGCUGAAGCUUGAUAGGCGAGCACUAAGUGUCUUAUCAAAGCCCCAGUAUCACCAUCUUCACAGGAGCUAUAGCAAUCAAUUUCCCAGCUCCUCUCUAUAUGUUCCACUGUUGGAUGGUUCUGCUACAUCUCCUGCUCUUUCUGAAAAUAUUCCUGUUUUAAGCCUAGAUGGUAUUAGUGAGGAAAACGAAACAAGUAAAUUGAAUCCUGUAACUCUGGAUCUAGAUAUGGAGGAAAAUGGCCAGGUUGGUAUUGUUUUAGUGCAUGGGUUUGGAGGUGGGGUCUUUUCAUGGAGGCAUGUGAUGGGAGUGCUGGCUCACCAAGUUGGUUGCACUGUUGCUGCUUUUGAUCGACCUGGAUGGGGUUUAACUUCUAGGCCAAGUAGGAUGGAAUGGGAGGAGAAAGAAUUGCCUAAUCCUUACAAGCUUGAAACACAGGUUGACUUGCUUCUCUCUUUCUGCUCUGAGAUGGGCUUUUCUUCAGUGAUUCUUGUUGGUCAUGAUGAUGGAGGUCUGCUUGCUUUGAAAGCUGCACAAAAAGUUCAAGCAUCAAUGAAUUCUUUCAAUAUUUCUAUCAAAGCAUUGGUAUUGCUAAGUGUUUGCUUGUCAAGAGAAGUUGUUCCUGCCUUUGCUAGGAUACUCAUGCGAACUUCACUGGGAAAGAAGCACUUGGUUCGUCCUCUUUUGCGAACAGAAAUUACGCAAGUGGUCAAUCGACGUGCUUGGUAUGAUGCCACAAAAUUAACAACAGAAGUUUUGAGCCUCUAUAAGGCUCCUUUAUGUGUAGAGGGUUGGGAUGAAGCUCUUCAUGAGAUAGGGAGGCUGUCAUAUGAAACAUUCAUUUCACCACAAAACGCAGCAUCACUGCUGAAAGCAGUUGAAGAGAUGCCAGUGCUGGUCAUAACAGGUGCUGAAGAUGCCCUUGUUUCUCUUAAAUCUUCUCAAGCAGUGGUUUCAAAACUUGUAAAUUCUAGACUAGUUGCAAUAUCUGGUUGUGGCCAUCUUCCACAUGAGGAGUGCCCCAAGGCAUUACUUGCAGCAAUGUCCCCCUUCAUAAGCAGAUUGCUACUUAGACCAGAAUUGCAAAGGCGAUAGGAUACGUUGGUAACUUACAUAAUAGCUGUGAUCUUGUAGGUCUUUUUUUUUUUUCUUUUUUUUUUCCACCCUCUCUUUUAAAGCAAUUUAUCCCAAGAAGGAACUUAACAUAAUCUCUUCUUUUCAUGGGUAAAUUUUGAUGCCUUCAGAGCCUUUCCCUAGCCCUAAUUCUCUAGGGUUAUAGAGCUCUCACUUGUAUUUUUUUUUUUAAAUUGGUUAUUUACCUUCUCUUUUCCUGCUCUUUUGUGUUUCUUAAUUAUGUUAAGGUCUUAAAUUAUGAAUGUGUUUGAUUGAACAGUUGUAAUUUGCCACUUAAGAGAGUGGAAAAUAGAAUAUAUUAUUUGUACAUUCAAUAGAUUGGAAAUGAGAAU